AUGUCGAAACCAUCGUUGAAAUUGGAAUUGCCGUGGGUUGAAAAAUACCGUCCUAAGUUGUUAAAGGAUAUUGUUGGUAAUGACGAGACCAUCGAGAGAUUGAAACAGAUCGCCGUCGAUGGUAACAUGCCCAACAUGAUUAUAUCUGGUAUGCCAGGUAUCGGUAAGACUACAUCCGUGCUCUGUCUUGCGCACGAGUUAUUAGGUGAAUCUUACUCAGAGGCGGUUCUAGAAUUGAAUGCAAGUGAUGACAGAGGUAUAGAUGUUGUUAGAAACCAAAUCAAACAUUUCGCUCAGAAAAAAUGUAGUUUACCACAAGGGAAACAUAAGAUCGUCAUUUUGGAUGAGGCUGAUUCAAUGACUGCGGGUGCACAACAGGCUCUAAGAAGAACAAUGGAAUUAUAUUCGAAUACAACACGUUUUGCUUUUGCUUGUAAUCAAUCUAAUAAGAUUAUUGAACCAUUACAAAGUAGGUGUGCAAUUCUACGUUACUCGAAAUUAUCAGAUGAGCAAGUCCUAAAAAGAUUACUAGAGAUUAUAAAAGCAGAAGAAGUUAAAUAUACAAAUGAUGGUCUAGAGGCAAUUAUUUUCACCGCUGAAGGUGAUAUGAGACAAGCUCUUAACAAUUUACAAAGUUGUGUUGCCGGUCAUGGUUUAGUAAACGGUGAUAACGUUUUCAAGAUUGUAGACUCACCGCAUCCUUUAGUGGUCAAGAAGAUGUUGAUGGCUCCUACUCUUGAUCAAUCUAUCACACAUCUAAGAGAUGACCUGUGGGGGAAAGGUUACUCGGCUGUGGAUAUAGUAACAACAUCCUUCAGAGUAACAAAAACGUUGUAUGAAUUGAAAGAACCAAAGAGACUAGAGAUGAUAAAAGAGAUAGGUAUAACGCAUAUGAGAAUCUUGGAAGGCGUUGGUACUUAUUUGCAAUUGGCCAGUAUGUUAGCCAAAAUUCACAAACUUAACGCAUGA